AUGACCGGCACACACUCCAUCAUCACUCCCGCGAUUAUGUACUGGGGAACUCCGGUCGCCCUCAUCACCACAUGCAACGAAGACGGCUCCGCCAACAUCGGCCCAAUCUCCUCAGUCUGGUGGCUCGGCCACCGUUGUCUCCUCGGCCUCGCCUCAGGAUCUCAAACCACCCUCAACAUCUUCCGCACCAAGCACUGCGUCAUCAACCUCCCCAGCGCCGACAUGGCGCACUACAUCAACCCCAUCGCGAAAACCACCGGCACACCUACCGUCCCUCCCGGCAAGCACGACCGCGGCUACACCCACUGCAAAGACAAGUUCGCCGCUUCAGGUCUCACCCAACACGCCUCUGAUCUCGUGCAGCCGCCUAGAAUCUCAGAGUGUCCUGUGCAGAUGGAAGCAGAACUUACGAAUAGCAUGGACUUGAUGCAGGAUGUUCCAGAUCGGAAGGGGCUUGUAGUAGCCAUUGAGGUCAAGAUUCUGAGAACACACGUUCGGAAUGAUUUGAGGAUGGAGGGUUAUGCUAAUCGGAUUGAUCCUGAUCGCUGGAGACCAUUGAUCAUGAGUUUUCAGGAGUUCUACGGUCUUGCACCGUCAAAAGUCGCCGAGUCGAGACUCGGCACUAUUGAUGAGGAAAAAUAUCGCGCUUUUACUCGCUCGGAUGUUGUGAAGCAGGGAGGAGAUAUGGAUACAUUUGUCACAAUGGAAACCGAUAUCUGUCCAGAUGGCGAUACGCGCACUGAGAAAGAAAUGGUCGUCAAACUUAUAGUCGCCCAAUUCACAGCCGUCGUUGCCUUUUGCAAUUGGCAGUCCCUUCGCAACGAACGACUCGAUACCAUCGAGCCAGUCCUCUUUUUUCUAUCACCCUUGAUAGUAGUUGCACAAACAGCCCUCGGUGUCGCCAUUAUCAACCUCUCAUUUAUUUUCGACCUGGCCCAGUCGCCUAAGUCCUUUCAUUUCCAUCUUGAAACUUACGCGCGACGCUGGAAUACGCUCUUUGGAAAGAAAUCUUCACCACCUUGGCGAACACCGACGGGUUCGUUAGAAGCAAGGAAGUCUCGGUUUGGAAAUGCUUGGAUACGACUUGGAAGAGUGAUAGCCAUCUUUGCGACACUGUUUCAAUUUGUGGCGACGAUAUUUCUCUACUGGCGGCGGAAGGAUCUACAUGGCUGGGAAUCGCUCUCAGUCGUUGAUCAUCGAACAUUAGAGCUAGCCGUCGGCGGCGCCACUGUUUCGAUCCUAUCUCUUGCACUACUUUUCAAACUUCCCGGCUCCGGAGAGAUGCCGGAUGCGCUGUACAUCCCAGAGCUUAAACCAGAUCCCGCUGUUAUCUUCUGUCGCGGCGAUUCGCGCCGUUGUCCGAGCUGGUAUCAAAUCCUCUAUGCUUCUGAUAUCGGCUCAGCUACUUCAGCUUCGACAUGGCUUAUAUGCGUUCUAUCAUCAACAUACAAAGGCGAAUCGAUUCCGUUUAACUUCCUAUCCGAGUUCUACGAAGGGAUCUACACAGAAUUCGCCCGCGUAUUCUCGCUCCAGAUCUCAAUGCCGGUAUUUUACCUCUGCGUUGCAGCCUUUUUCGCAGCAUUCUUCAUUAUCCCGAAUAUGUAUAAUGGACCAGGCUUUAAGAGCCUGCAUACUCUCUGGACCAUCAUACCAGCUCUGGUUGUAGUGAUUGCUGUUGUGAUUACUUUUUUCUGCAUGUUUAUGCUCAUGAUCAUGCCAACUGUUUUGGUUCUGAUUCCUUCUCUUGUCAGUGGUCCUGGGUCCAUCCUUACGAUGAAGGGGUAUGAGACUCGUGCGCUGUUUUCGCAGCCGCCGUUUACACCGGUCUUGAAUGAGACGGAUUGUCUUUUGCUCUGGAAGGACUCUGUGGCAGAGUAUUUAUGGUCACUUGUAUGA